AUGGGUGACAGGACAUCCAUUGAAGCCCCCUCCUCAAGAACUUGGAAGUACCAAGUGUUUGUGUUCUUGAGCUUCAGAGGUGAAGACACACGCAAGGGCUUCACAGGCCACCUCCACGCCGCAUUAUCUGAUGCCGGAAUCCGCGCCUUUCUUGACGACAACGAGCUAGAAAGAGCGGAAUUUAUAAAAAACCAACUGGAGCAGGCAAUCCACGGGUCCAUGAUCUCGAUAAUUGUCUUCUCAAAGCGGUAUGCCGAUUCCAGUUGGUGUCUUGAUGAGCUGGUGAAGAUCAUGGAGUGUAGAGAGAGAUUGGGGCAAAAGGUUAUUCCAUUGUUCUAUAAUGUUGAUCCUUCAGAUGUCCGGAAACAGACUGGUAGUUUUGCACAAGCAUUUGAGAAACAUGAAGCGGGCAUCUGUGAAGGUAAACAUGAGAAAGAAAAGGUACAGCGGUGGAGAAAUGCUCUCACUCAAGCUGCAGAUUUGUGUGGGGAAGAUCUUAAAAAUGCUGACAAUGGGCAUGAAGCAAAGUUUAUCAAGAAAAUUCUUGGGGAGGUUAAUAAGCAUUUGUACAGCAAAUACCAAUUAGACAUCGAACACCUUGUUGGAAUUACUUCUCGGCUGGAGGUUUUGCGUAAUCACUUAGAUAUUGAAAAUUCAGGUUCUAAGGAUGUUGUUCGCAUGAUUGGUAUUUGGGGGAUGGGCGGCAUUGGGAAAACAACGCUUGCCAAAGCCAUUUAUAACAAAUUUGAAGAUAGCUUUGAAGGUAGGAGUUUCCUUGCAAACGUGAGGGAAGUAAUUGCACACCAACCCAUUAAUGGUCUGGUUGGUUUGCAAGAACAACUUCUAAAUGAUGUCUUGAAAAGCAAGAAUCCCAUAAAGGUUGGCUCUGCUGCUAUAGGGAUCAAUAUGAUAAGAGAAAGACUUUGCUGUAAAAGAGCACUUGUCAUAAUUGACGAUGCAGAUGAUCUACAGCAACUAAAAGCAAUAGCUAGAGCUCGUCAUUGGUUUGGUCCUGGAAGUAGAAUUGUUAUAACAACAAGAAAUCAACGUUUGCUAGACCAAGUUGGAGUGGAUAGCACAUAUAUGGCUCAAGCAAUGGAUGAAAAAGAAGCUCUAGAGCUCUUUAGUAGGCAUGCCUUCGAAAGUGGUUAUCCUAAUCAAGAAUAUCUUGACCUCUCAAAACGUGUAAUUCGUUACUGUCGAGGCUUGCCACUAGCUCUUGAAGUUGUAGGGUCUUUUCUGAUUAAAAGAUCCACAGCGGAGUGGAAAAGCCAUUUGGAGAAAUUGGAAAGAAGUCCUGAUGGAGAUAUUCAAAAAAUACUCAGAAUAAGCUUUGACGGGCUACCUGAUGAUGCAACGAGAGAGAUAUUCCUUGAUAUAUCUUGUUUCUUUAUAGGAAUGGGCAAGCACUAUGUAACACAAGUAUUAGAUGGAUGUGGCUUUUUUGCAACGAUAGGAAUCAUUGUCCUCAUUGAACGGUGCCUUGUAACUGUUAGUAAGCAAAACGAGUUGAUGAUGCAUGAUUUGCUUCGAGACAUGGGAAGAGACAUUGUUCAUAAAAAAGCCCACGGUCGCCCUGAAAAGUUUUGCAGAUUGUGGAAACGUGAAGACGUAACAGAUGUAUUGAGCGAUGAAUCUGGAACUGAAAAAAUUGAAGGAGUUGCUCUACAUUUGGAUUUGGAUGUAGAUUCGGAUCUACAUUCAGAUGUAGAUUCGGAUGUAGAUUCGGAUCUAGAUUUAGAUCUGGAUUUGAACAGAUUCAGUGCACAAGCAUUUUCCAAGAUGAAAAAACUGAGGUUACUCCACCUCAGCAACGUAGAGCUCACUGGAGAGUACAAAGAUUUUCCCAAAAAGUUAAUAUGGUUGUGCUGGCAUUAUUUUCCUUUAGAGUCCAUACCAGAUGACUUUCCUGUGCAACCAAAACUAGUUGCUUUAGACCUGCAGGAUAGCAAACUCAAAAUAGUUUGGAAGGAUUGCAAGUUGCAUGAGAAUUUGAAAAUCCUUAAUCUCAGUUAUUCCUAUGAGCUAACAAAAUCACCAGACUUUUCAAAACUCCCAAAUCUCAAGGAAUUGAGAUUGGAAGGCUGUAAGAGUUUGUCUGAGGUUCACUCAUCCAUCGGGGAUCUUGGAAGACUUUCUUUGGUAAAUCUUGAAUUCUGCGAAAUGCUAAGGGAUCUCCCACUGAAUUUCUAUAAUUCCAAGUCCAUUGAAACUCUUCUACUGAAUGAUUGUUCAAGUUUUGAAAAGUUGGCUGAGGGCUUAGGGGACAUGGUAUCAUUGACAACUCUGGAAGCGAAUAAGACAGCCAUAAGACAAAUACCAUCUUCCAUAUUAAAAUUGAAGAAACUGAAAGUUUUAUCUUUAUGUUAUUAUGUGAAAGGGUCGCCAUCAACAAAUCUUUUGCCUCCUUCGUUGCAAAGUUUAAGCUCUUUAAGAGAAUUAGCUCUUGCAGACUGGAGUUUAACUGAUGAUGCAUUCCCCAAGGAUCUCGGUAGCCUAAUUUCCUUAGAAAAUUUAGAUCUUGCAGGAAAUGAUUUUUGCAGCCUACCAAGCCUCAGUCGUCUUUCACAGCUUCAAGAUUUGUCUUUAUAUGGCUGCAGAAAUCUUCGUAUAAUCCCAGAUUUACCAACAAAUUUGAAAGUCUUAAACGCAAAUGGCUGCAUUGCAUUGGAAAAAAUGCCAGAUUUUUCAGAAAUGUCAAAUAUAAGAGAAUUGUAUCUAAGUGAUUCGGGCAAACUCACUGAGAUUCCAGGCCUGGAUAAGUCAUUAAACUCCAUGACAAUGGUUGAUAUGGGAAAUUGCACUAAUCUCACUGCCCAUUUUAGGAAGAACAUCCUACAGGGAUGGACUUCUUGCGGAUAUGGUGGCAUUUUUCUCAGUGGAAAUGAUAUUCCUAAUUGGUUCCACUGUGUCCAUGAAGAUAAUAUUGUGUAUUUCACUGUGCCUCAAAGUGUUGGUCGUAGUUUGAAAGGGUUAACUUUGUCCUUUGUUUGCUCUUCAGGCUUAUACAAUGGUUGUCGUAUUAGCAUUAAAAACAUGACCAAGGGUACUGAGCUUGACGCCAUGAUCACACCCUAUUCCAGUUAUCGAACAGAUUAUCUUUGGCAGGGACAGUUAUCAAAUGACGAGCUCAAAUUGCAAGACGGUGAUAAAGUCUGGAUUGAAAUAAUAGUGAACAAACGGGCGAAGGUGAAGAAAACAGGUGUUAGUCUGGUAUGGGACAAAAUUAUGAACGAAAAUAUGACUGAUUAUCUUUUUGUGUAUGAACGACGCCCAUAUCUGGUCAAUGAUGAUGACAUCAUUCAUGUCGAAAAUGAUAAUCGCAUAAGAAUAUCACCAGACUUUUCAAAAUUCCCAAAUCUCGAGAAGUUGAUAUUGAAAGGUUGUGAGUACUUGUAUAAGGUUCACUCAUCCAUCGGGGAUCUUGGAAGACUUUCUAUGGUAAAUCUUGAAGGCUGCUACAGGCUAGAGAAUCUCCCACUGAAUUUCUAUAAAUCCAAGUCUAUUGAAACUCUUAUAUUGAAUGGUUGUUAUAGUUUUAAAAAGUUGGCUAAGGGCUUAGGGGACAUGGUAUCAUUGACAAUUUUGCAAGCCGAUAACACGCGCAUCAGACAAAUUCCAUCUUCCAUAGUAAAAUUGAAGAAGUUGAGAAUUUUAUCUCUAUCUGGCUGCUGCUUGUCAACUGAGGAUGCAAUCCCUAAGGAUCUAUGUAGCCUAAUUUCCUUAGAAGAUCUGCUUCUUGAAGCCAAUAAAUUUCGUAGCCUGCCAAGUCUCGCUGGUCUUUCAAAGCUCAAGGUCUUGUGUGUAAAUGCAUGCAAAUUUCUUCGUGCAAUCCCAGAUUUACCAACCAAUUUGUAUGUUCUGACUGCCCAGAAU